GGGACUUCCGCUCCGCCCCGCGCUCCUCUGCCGCCCGCGGGGUCCGUUCCGGGGCCUCCGCCGCAGGCUCUGAGCUCCCCAGGCCGGCAGGAGCCUGCCGGGGCCGGCGCUCGGCACCGUCCUGUGCGCGGAGCUCUGCCUCGGCCUCCGCUCUGCGCCCCCCGCGUGUGCCAGCUUCUGUACUCCCACCUGCAGUGCUGUGUCCAGCUCUGGUGCCCCCAAAGCAGGGCACAGCAGCACCCCCUUCCCCUACCAGCAUGGCCUCACAGAAGGACCUGGACAAGAAGUGGGAGAAGAAGCAGCCAGAGAACAAAAUAGAAGAGCCGAAGUGCAGCCCUGAGGAAGAGAAGGAGGAUGAGGACAAGAUGGAGGAUGACAAUGCUGAGGAGAAUGAUGGCUAUGAGAAUGAUGAGUCUGAAGAGAAGGAGGAGGAUGAUGAGAUUGAAGAUGACCAGGAGGAGAAAGAGGAGAAUGAUGUUAUGGCAGCCACCUCUGUGCCACCCAAAGAGCCAAAUCAAUGCCCUGACUGUGGGCAGAACCUCCCACCUGGCUUAGAGCCAGUGAAGCACCACUGCCCCCAGCCUGGCACCCGGCCCUUUGUCUGUGGUGACUGUGGCAAGAGCUUCACUACAAGCUCCAAACUCAUGUGGCACAACCUCAUCCACACUGGAGAGAGGCCCUUCACAUGCCCUGACUGCGGUAAGAGCUUCCGUCAGAGAGGCAACCUCACCAACCACUGCCUUAUCCACAGCGAUAAAAAACCCUACAGCUGUGCUGAGUGUGGCCAGAGGUUCCGCCAGAAGGGCAAUCUCUUGCGGCACUGUCGUGCUCACACUGGAGAGAAGCCUUUCACCUGCCCUGAGUGCAAUAAGAGCUUCGGCGAUAGCUCUAACCUCAUCAGACACCGCCGUAUCCACAGCGCAGAGAAGCUUUCUACCUGCCCUGACUGCGGUAAGAGUUUCAGCCACAGCUCCUAUCUCAGCAGCCACCGCCGUAUCCACAGUGGUGAAAAGCCCUACAGCUGUCCUGACUGUGGUAAGAGCUUCAGGUACAGCUACCAGCUCAGCAAUCACCGCCAUAUCCACACUGGGGAGAAGCCCCUCAGCUGUGCUGACUGUGGCCAGACCUUCAGCCACAGGGGCAAUUUCAUCAUCCACCGUCGCACCCACACUGGUGAGAAGCCUUUCACCUGCCCUGACUGUGGUAAGAGCUUCAGCGAGAGCUACAGGCUCACUGUCCAUCACCGUAACCACACUGGCGAGAGGCCUUUCACCUGUGCUGAGUGUGGCCAGGGCUUCGGUGACAGGAGAAUUCUCCUCAGGCACCGUCGCACCCACACUGGUGAGAAGCCUUUCACCUGCCCUGACUGUGGCAAGAGCUUCAGCCAGCUCUCUGGACUCGCGCAACACCGCUUCACCCACACUGGAAAGAAGGCCUUCACCUGCCCUGACUGUGGCAAGAGCUUCACACUGAUGUCUACCCUCCGUGUCCACCGCCGUAUUCACACUAGAGAGAAGUUGUUCCCCUGUGCUGAGUGUGGCAAGAACUUCACCACGAGCUCCGCUUUCAUCCAGCACCAACUCAUCCACAGUGGUGAGAAACUGUAUAGCUGCACUGACUGUGGCAAGAGCUUCAGUAACAGAGGCAAUCUGACUCAACACCGCCUCAUCCACACCGGCGAGAAGCCCUUCAGCUGUGCUGAGUGUGGCAAGAGCUUCAGCUGCAAGCCCACUCUCAUCCGGCACCGUCAUAUCCACGCUGGCAAGAAGCCUUUCACCUGCCCUGACUGCAGUAAGAGCUUCACCCAGAGGACCAGUCUCAGUGAACACCGCCGUAUCCACACUGGUGAAAAGCCCUUCAGCUGUGCUGACUGUGGCCGCAGUUUCAGCAUUAAGAGCAAUCUUCUCCGACACCAUCGCAUCCACACUGGCAAGAAGCCUUUCACCUGCCCUGACUGUGGCAAGACCUUCAGACAGAAGUCUGGACUUACCCAACACCGCUGCACCGGCACCAGUGGUAAGAAGCCCUUCGCCUGCCUUGAUUGCAGUAAGAGCUUCAGCCGGGUCUCUACCCUCCACAUCCACCGCCGCAUCCACACGGGAGAGCAGCUAUUCCCAUGUGCUGAAUGCAGCAAGAGCUUCACCACGAGCACCAGUUUCAUCCGUCACCAGCUCGUCCACAGCGGUGAGAAACCGUACAGCUGCACCAAUUGUGGCAAGAGCUUCAGCCAGAACAGAUAUCUGACCCAACACCGUUGCACCCACACUGGUGAGCAACCCACACUGCAGGGGAGGCACAAAUAGAUCCACCCAGGGUCUGUUGUGGUAAUCCUGAUCCCUCUGUGAAGGUCUUCUAACUUUUCACCGGGCACACAGAAGCAAAAAUAUGAUGCCAGAGCCUACUACUACAGAGGCUCACCCUGCCUUCUCCUAAAGGUUUUUUUUCUUUACAGCGGCUCGGAAGAAGAAGCACCUUUCUUAAAGGGACCAGACUGAAUUUCUAAUAGAUGCCUUGCAAAUUAAAAUCCUCAUAAUGUUUCUAAUUUUGAUUGUAAUACAUCUUGGAGUUUUAGGAAUUUACUGGAUAAUUGUUAGUUGCAAUAGGAUAAGUUUAGGAAUAGUUUUAGCAGAAUAAUUGUAAUAAGGCUUAAGUAUUUAAAAUAAAGUUAUUAUGAUAGAGUAUAUUAAGUAAGUGGUAGAAUAUAAUGAAAUAUUAUGGGAAGAGUUGUUUUGUAAGUGUAUCUGGUUUUAUGAUUUAAGGUUCUUUUCCUUUUCUGAAUACCAGGGUAUUUUCAAGGAGCUCCACAAAUGUAUCAUCUGCUUAGAUUUUCUGUGCUUUUUUCCUCAGUAAUGAUUUACUGGUUUAGACUUUUUAAGUUGAUAAUAUAGUUAAGGUUAAGAGUUUAUAAUAGAAUAUUAUAAAAUAUUUUUUCUUAAGUCUUUUCUGUAUAUUAAUAUAGCAUUGUAGGAUAAGGAUUAUAUAAAAAUAAAAUUUUUAAAAUAUAAAAAGAGGGGGUAUGAGGGCAGCCACCCUGAAAGAGGGACUGCUAAAAGAAAACCUUAUAAAUUUUCAAUUUUUAAACUGCUCUCUUAUGGAUAACAACCCCUGAUUAUCAGAAAUUUUAAUGCCAAUGAUUCUUUUGAGAAAAGAGAGAGAAGAAAAAAAUAAUGAGUUUCCAACAAUUCCUACUCCUAGGUAAAGAUGGGAAACAACAGUUUUACUGGCAAUGUUUAAAGUGCUGUGCUUGUUAUCUUUCUGUAAAAGGCGCCUUGCACUGCCUUUAUUUUUAAUAAAACAGAAAAAGGGAAAAAAAGGUAUGUUCCCCAUCAUUUAAAAAGAUCAGUUCAUGCUUUUCAACAAGGUUGUAAAGAUAAUGUAGAAUUCUGGAAUGAAGGAGAAAGGAUUGCUGCUGCCUUCUUUGCACCACAGGUAGCAUCAGCCCAAGCUUUAGCGACAUUAAAUAAAUUAGGAUGCUGGUUAGCAAAACUAACAAAUGCUACCAGCGUGUCACUUUCAGGUCUCCUACUAGCUGUAGAUAGUGUCAGCCAUGCUACCUUGCAAAAUUGGGCUGCGACUGAUUCUUUGCUUUUGGCGCAGGGACACGGUUGUGAAGACUUUGAAGGACUAUGCUGUAUGAAUCUAUUUGAUCAUUCUGAAUCAAUACAUGCAAGCAUUCGACAACUGGAAGAGGGAGUCAGUAAACUGUGUUUGGAUGACAGUGGAGAUUGGUUUGACAAACUUUUUGUGGGAUGGGGAUUGUCAGGAUGGAUUUGUAGUAUUGUAAAAAUGAUUUGUUAUGUCAUAAUUGUAAUACUCUUAUUGCUUAUAUUAUUACCUUGUUUUUUUUUGCAAUGUAUUCAAAGAAUGAUUGAACGUUCCACAUUCAGGAUCUUUUUUGUGCAACAGAAAGGGGGAAAUGUGGGAUCACAGGCCAUUAAUGUAACAAUGGUCAAUCAUGGAUCAGUGUCAACACAAGCCUUGGGCAAACUAUCUGAGUCAGAGUGGACCUGAACAUUGUGCAAGAGAAGAAGAAUGAGAAUUUGCAGAUCAGAAGAAGCAAGGAGACAGGACCUUGCUAUCUGAUGAAUAUGCUAAGACCGUCCUUCUUAUCUGAUGAAUAUGCUGAGACUGUUGCUCCCCGGGAAGCAGAUGUGGCCAACAGAAUUUAGAUUAGAUGAUUUUGCAUGUGAUGAAAUGACUAAUCAAUAGGUAAAAGCCUUAAGCCUUCUUGACAGUAUAUAUAUUCCUGUAUGUUGCCUAAUAAAAUCGGAACUUAGCUUGCA